AAUGAAAUAACCAGGAAGUGAAACUAAAACAUGAAUCUGAUUCCAAUCGUAUAUCUACAUUGAGUGUUUAGAUGUAAACAGAUUGGUUUAAUUAGUCUUCUCUCGGCAUGUGCAAAUAUUCACAAAUCUGGUGCUACCAGUAGGAUAAGCUCACAAAUCUAAUGUGACCAGUUGGUUAAAAUUGGGCCAUGGAUUUCGCUACAAAGAACCUGGACUCAAUAUUUCGUGGCAAGACUUUGGAUGAGGUGUUACAGCAAGACAAAGCACGAUGUGAUGAUUUGGACAUCAAUGUGAUGUGGUACCAUGGCAAGAUGCAACGAAACAAUGCAGAGAGCAUCUUACAAGAAGCAAUGCGACUCAACCCCACCACAGACUCAGAUGGUCUAUUUCUAGUCAGGGACAGCACAGCCUCAGAAGUAGACUUUUCCCUGUCCUUCUUGUUUGAGUCAAAGUGCUACCACUUCUACAUCCAGCGCAGCAAAGAGGGUUAUUUUUUUAUAGAGGGCGGGCCCAUAGUACAUGGUCUAGAACAGCUGAUUGACCACUAUGUCCAGUCUGCUAACCGCUUGCCCACUCGUCUCAGUAAAAUUUGCAAGGGCACUCUACCUCCCGCUAAAGUGCGCAAGCUGGGGCCGACAAACCUGCUUCAUCGGGCCGUAGCAGAGCGUCGUGAGGACAUUGUAAAGAAAAUUUUGGGCCACCCUCUUCAACCAGAUAUUGAUGCAAAGAACGACUCAGGGUCAACAGCGUUACACGACGCAGUCACUCUCGGCCUAGAUAAAACAGUCAGGCUACUCUUAAACCAGGGCGCCAACAUUAAAAUCAAGGACGUCAAUGGAGACACACCGCUACACAAAGCCUGUGAGGUGAACCGGGCGUCAGCUGUAGUCCUCCUGAUCACACACGACAACACGUGUAUGCAGGAGAGAAGCCCUCAGACAGGAUACGUUGCGCUUCACACGGCAGCGAUGCAUGGGCAUACAGAAUGUGCUAAUGUGUUGUUGAAUGCUGGCGCAGCCUUGUAUUCCAGAAAUACAAAUGAAGAAACACCCAUAGAGUUAGCGGAGAAGUUUAGGCGGACAGAGUGUGUUGAGCUGUUUACUAGUUUCAAAGAGCAUCCUGUGGACACACAAAAGUCGGACUGGUUUCACCCAGAGCUAGAUCGGCAGGGAGCAGAAAAUGUAUUCAACAGUCAACCACUGACUAGUGGGCUGUUCCUGAUUCGGCCGAAUAAAAAUAUGGAAGGUCAAUAUGUCCUCAGUCUGGUGAAAGACAAAAGUGUUUAUCAUUAUGAGAUUAAAACCAAGGAGUACAGGAAUUCUAUUGUUCACUACAUAGACGACGGACCCCUGCAUCUCUCACUAGAGCUGCUCGUUCAGUAUUACCACAAUUUUGAGGAUGGGCUGGGUGUUCCACUACGUGCAUCCAUAUCAACCAAUAACAAAGUGAAGGAGUUAAUAAUCCAGGAGGUUUACAGUAAUUUGGUGUCUCCCAGGUCACCCAGCAUCAACCCAUUGUCUCAUCCAAAUGCCUAUAAGCCUAGGUUACCUCCACGCCCACAAGAGUUAGAAUCUCCACCACCAAUGGAAAGUCCACCACUUCCUCCAACACCAUCUAUAGCUGAAGAUAAAGAUGACUCAAAGAAAAUAACAGUGAAAAAAGAAGAAGAAAAAGAGGAACUCAAAAAAAUUUCUCCGAAAAAUAUAAAAUUAGGAAACGAGCUAGGCAAGGGGGAGUAUGGAUCUGUCAUGAAAGGGGAGCUAAUUAUGGAAAAGAAAUUUCUCAAAAAGGACAAGAUUCCGGUCGCUAUAAAGACCUUCCAUGCCGUUGGAAGUAUGGAAGACUUCAAGGCUGAGGCUUAUGUCAUGCAGUCUCUGAAAAAUGAUUACAUUGUUCAACUGCUGGGGGUGUGUGAGGGGCCCCCUUUAAUGUUGGUCGAAGAGUUUGUUCCUAUGGGGUCCAUGUUGGAUUACCUUGAGGACCACCCAGAGAAGGUCAGGGUCAAGCAGGAGCUGUACCUGUGGGCAGCGCAGAUAGCCCAGGGCAUGAUGUAUCUGGAGACCAAGAGGCUUGUGCACAGAGAUCUGGCGGCCAGGAAUAUCUUGCUGCACUCCUUACAGAAGGUAAAAAUUAGUGACUUUGGCUUAUCAAGAGCCAUGGGGACAGAUAAAGAAUAUUACAAGGCAACAAAAGGUGGACGCUGGCCCAUCAAGUGGUAUGCCCCUGAAAGCGUCAACUUCGGACAUUUCUCACACGCCAGUGAUGUGUGGAGCUAUGGCGUCACACUGUGGGAGAUGUUCUCAUACGGGGGAGCGCCGUUUGAAGACAUGACUGGCGUGGAGGUUAUAAAGUUCAUUGAGGAUGGCAACAGACUGGAUAAGCCUGAGAAAUGCCCCACCGUGGUUUAUGACAUCAUGCUGCGCUGUUGGUCAGCCGAGCCGGUCAGCAGGCCAACGUUUACUUGGCUCAAUAAGCAUUUUGAAGAGGAGCCGGAGUACAUGAGUACGCGGGAGUUGAUGCGCACUGCCAGAACACAGUAAAGCCUUGGGUCAGUGUGCCAGAUCAAUUUUUAAGCCUUGGGUCAGCGUGCCAGAUAAUAUUUUUAAGUCUUGGGUCAUGUGCCAGAUCAAUUUUUAAGUCUUGGGUCAGUGUGCCAGAUCAAUUUUUAAGUCUUGGGUCAUGUGCCAGAUCAAGUUUUAAGUCUAUGGUCACUAUGUCUUAAGGGUCAGGGUUUAAUAAAUCCUCAGGUCACUGUGCCAGAUUUUUAGCCUUAGGCCUUAACAGGCUUUUGGUCCUUUUUACAGCUUGGGUAGCCUUAAGUUGGUACUGUAUUCCUAAAUUACAUCAACUUAAAUUUUUACCUUUUGAAUGUCGCCAUGUUACAUAAUGUAAUGUAUGACCCUUAGGUAGCCUUACGUUGGUACUGUAUUCCUAAAUUACAUCAGCUUAAAUUUUUACCUUUGGAAUGUCGCCAUGUUACAUAAUGUAAUGUAUGACCCUUAGGUAGCCUUAUGUUGGUUCUGUAUUCCUAAAUUACAUCAACUUAAAUUUUUACCUUUGGAAUGUCGCCAUUUUACAUAAUGUAAUGUAUGACCCUUAGGUAGCCUUACGUUGGUACUGUAUUCCUAAAUUACAUCAGCUUAAAUUUUUACCUUUGGAAUGUCGCCAUGUUACAUAAUGUAAUGUAUGACCCUUAGGUAGCCUUACGUUGGUACUGUAUUCCUAAAUUACAUCAGCUUAAAUUUUUACCUUUGGAAUGUCGCCAUGUUACAUAAUGUAAUGUAUGACCCUUAGGUAGCCUUACGUUGGUAUUGUAUUCCUAAAUUACAUCAGCUUAAAUUUUUACCUUUGGAAUGUCGCCAUGUUACAUAAUGUAAUGUAUGACCCUUAGGUAGCCUUACGUUGGUACUGUAUUCCUAAAUUACAUCAGCUUAAAUUUUUACCUUUGGAAUGUCGCCAUGUUACAUAAUGUAAUGAAUGACCCUUAGGUAGCCUUAUGUUGGUACUGUAUUCCUAAAUUACAUCAAUUUUUACCUUAGAAAUGUCGCCAUGUUUGACAUAAUGUAAUGUACGACCAGUGUUGAUAUAUUAUUUGACAGCAGGCCUGUCAUGUUAUUGUUCCUUUAAUUUUUUUCAUGUAUUUCUUGUUUUCGAAUACAACGCAACCCUAGUUGGUUGAUAAUAGAAUGUGUUGCCAUAAAUACAUGUAAUAAUUUUUUUUAUAUAUUAAACUGACUGUGAUCAGUUACGUUCACACUUUAAACUAGUUGCUUAUAUAUAUUUUCUUCUUGGUACUCACAUUAUUAAUCCACAUUUUAAAAAUUUAACAAUUAAUUAAAAUAGUUAGUUUAGAUGUUUUUUUAUUCUCUAUCUGCAUCUUUACAGUUAUUUUUACACCCAGUAAUUCGACAGUUGCAAUUGAUAAAAAUAAAUCAACAAAAAAAUGUGUCAAUUUAAUCAUCCUGUGUGAUAAAAAUAAUUCUUUUAAUAAUUUCUUCUGAGAGUUGCGCCCCCUCAUUUUUUAGACCCCCCCCUCAUUCCCAAUUGCUAAUAUUAUCAUAGGUCUGUAUGGUAGUUCUGUUUGACACUUUUAAAGAUGGCUUUAAUAAAAUACUUACUACUACAUAAAUGAAUAUCUAAAUGGCUAUCUGAAAGGAUUUGAACGAUGGCUAUGCAGUCUAACUUUGUGUAGGGGUACUGGUUCACGCUGGCUAGUAGUCUACCUUUGUGUAAAUAUUGGUGGACUGGUAUAAAUUUUUGUAAAGAUGCCCUGUAUAAUUCAAAUGCUGUAGUAAGUUACAAAGUAGCUAGUAAGUCUUAUCAAUACUAUGGAGUUACAGUAACUCAUUCAAUGUAUUGAAAGAACACUCCUCAUUUGUUGGUUUAAAAAAGUAUCCUGUUCCUCUGAUCUCUGUUGUUCACCCAGCUCUAUAUGUUUUAGGACCAACAUCUGCCUGCUCAAGUUCAUUCUCUUUUCUUUGUCAACAUGAACACCGACUUACUGUCCAUGAUUCCAUUUAAAAAUAAUUCUUUAAUUUUUCUUUAAAUUUAAAUUUUUAAAAAAUCUCUUAAGUUUAAUAUUACAUUAAAAUAUUACCCAUAUUUUCUUUACUUUUUAUUUCAUUUCUUCAAUAUGUUUUAAUUUCUUCAUAUCUAUUUACCUUUGCUCAUCAUCCAUUUAGUAUAAAGGUUUUAUUUCUUCUUUCUUUUAGCUUUCAAACGCCCCUAUAACUCUUGGUUUGGUAGUUGCACAUCUUAGAUUGGUUUACCGCUUAUGUUUUAGCACCUUUGAUCAAGUUAUUAAUUUUAAAAGACUUACUGAGUAAUGUAAUAUGGCACAAAAGGGAUUUGGCAAUUAAAUUUUAUUUUAAGAUUUUUGUUUAAAAAUAUUUAUUUAAUUGAACUAACAUAAGUAAAAUAAAAACUUGAUUUAACUUCAAAUGAAAAAAAAUGUAAGGAUAAAUUGAACCUUUUGUAAAAGGCUCAAUGCAAUAUUUACAAUAAUUUCUAAGAAAAUGUAUUUAUUAGACAUUGUGCUCUCCCCUUAUUUGAGUAAUCUCCCCUAGAUAACUUUUUAAUAAUAACUUUCAAAAACAUUAAUAGACUAAACUGAGUUAUAGAUAAAGCUUAAUUGAGGUACAAAAUACAUUUUAAUCCACAGUAAAAUUUGUAUUGAUAAAGCUGAAUUGAUGUUCAAAAUACAUUUUAAUCCAAAGUAAAUUUUGAAAAUGUACUUGUAAAUUUUCAAAUUUUUAUAUCCAAUGUUACUCAGCAUUUGCAUGUUUGUUUAAAAUCCUGUUAUUGUUUAUACGUAAUAUAAUUAAGUAAAUUAUUGCAAACGGCUCAAUUUAUUAUAUAGUAUAUGAGAUAAAAAUGUAUAC